AAUCGGAAGUACUGUUUGUAUUUGCUCCCGCGCUUUUUUCACUAUGGCUUCUGGAGACACUGCAUUGUGGCUUCACAACAAAUUGGGUUCGACGGACGAUUUAUGGUCAGGCAAGACUAUCUGCUCCCAACUGUCCCGGGACAAAUUACUGAGCAUCCAGGGAUGUUUCUACACGUUACAGCCUCACGUAAAAGUCAAAGUGAUGUUGUCGUUUCUUCAUUUGCCUCGGAGAAAUGUAGAAGAGUGGCAAAAAGAAAUGGAAGAAAUACUAACAAUAGCAUCAGGUGACAGUGACCACUGGGUUUCGACUGUUGCAGAAAUUCUACAGACAUUCCCAGAGACAGGUGCCCUCAAACUUGAUCUGGAGAACAACAGCGCAUUUGCUGAAAUUCUUGCAGACUUGAAGAAAGUCGUACGGAAGAAUGUCGAUAACCGAAUGUUGCCGAUAGAAUGUCAGUUCCUGAACAAGACAGCUCUGCUUUCUGUGGCCGGCCAAUUACCUCAACCUGUGAAACAUUUUGCCCUGAAACGAAAACCCAAGUCUGCUACCUUAAGGGCAGAGUUGCUGCAGAAAUCCACUGAAGUUGCCAACAACCGUAAAAAUAAUGUGAAUAAUACAGUUCCUGUCAAAGUGAGGAAUUUUUCCAAAAAACUCGAUGAUCCAACAUUUGCAAAGACCACACCAACCAAUAACCGAAGUCCUUCCUCAGCCAAUCCCCUGACAGUUGCGGGAACCCCUGGCACUCCUUCCACGCCGACUUCUACAACAGCAUCAACAAGCAACUGCUUCCUCUCUGCUAGCACUGGUCUCAGUCGGAGCAGCAGCCUCACUCCUCGUGCCACUGCCUCGACGGGAAGUCUACGAGGCAAAGAAGGUGGCAUCAAGCUUAUAGAAAUUGCCGAACAACCUGUUGGGGCAAAAGAAGCGAAACGACGGAAGAAGAUUGCCGAUCAAGAGGCUAUUGGUCAACAGAAGAAAGAAAAGGAAACAGCAACAGCAGCGACAUCUACUGUGGAAACCACAACGUCUUACACACCAGAUUACGCUGUUGGUUUGGUCACACCUGCUCUAGCGGUGAGUUUUGUUUUAACAAAUAUCAUUGAUGGUAGCUGCAUUGCCAAUGCGAAAAAAAAGAAUUAUUCUAUUUGCUUUUAUGAAGAAAUUUUACUUCUAUAA